GUUACUGGUGAAUCUACUGGCCUAUGGUAUUCAGUGAGCAUUGUGAUCAGUCAUGGCGUACAACGAAGGCAUCAGUGGGGACCCUAAUCAACUAGCACAGCGUAUAACUUCCAAUAUCCAGAAAAUCACACAAUGUUCUGCAGAAAUACAAAGAGUACUGAAUCAACUUGGAACACCACAAGACACACAUGAAUUGCGGCAGCAGCUACAACAGAAGCAACAAUAUACAAACCAACUGGCCAAAGAGACUGACAAAUACAUUAAAGAGUUUGGAUCUCUGCCUUCAAUAAAUGAACAGCGUCAAAGAAAAAUACAGAAAGACCGACUUGUGAAUGAGUUCACUGCAGCCCUGACCAACUUCCAGCGGGUCCAAAGACAAGCAGCCGAGAGAGAGAGGGAGUUUGUGGCAAGAGUACGAGCCAGCUCCAGGGUGUCGGGGGGUGCCCCUGAGGAAAGUUACAGGGAAGGAACAUUAGUAUCUUGGGAGAGCCAACCUCAAAAUCAAGUACUAGAUGAAGAAAUCACAGAAGAUGACCUUCGUCUUAUUGAAGAGAGAGAAACUACCAUCAGGCAGCUUGAGGCAGAUAUUAUGGAUAUCAAUGAAAUAUUUAAAGAUCUGGGGAUGAUGAUUCAUGAACAAGGAGAUAUAAUAGAUAGCAUAGAGGCCAACGUAGAAACAGCUGAAGUCCAUGUCCAGCAAGCGAAUCAGCAGUUGUCCAGAGCAGCAGACUACCAGCACAAAUCCCGUAAGAGAAUGUGUAUCCUCAUUCUUGUACUGGUUGUAGGCGGAACCAUCCUUGGCCUAAUCAUAUGGGGAGCAACAAAAUCAAAUUAA